AUGUCAGCAUUCAGAUCAUCGAGACUUCUGUCAACCUUCCGGACAUCACCCGUCCGCUCCAUCCAACACUCAUCCCGGCGAACCUACGCCGUCCAUGAGCCGCAGCGGGAUACCCGCACAUACCACGGCGGCGAUCAACCACCCCCGGCCGGAUCGGUCGAGAAGGAAGUCCCCACGAGACCGAGCGAGGUGAAAAAUCGUGGAUCUGUCUACGCGAUCGGUGGCGUAGCUCUCACUGUCGGGGCUUUCUUCGCCUUCCUGACGGGCUCCCCCGAUCGGGCGGCAGGCGUCGCGGACCAAGCUUCCCGCUCCGGCGCGCCCUUGAUCUCCGGGCCGCUCAGUGGUAAAGAGGGGGCCGAGAAGAACCUUGAGGCAACCACCGGUCGUGAUCCGAACCGGACUACCGGAUUAGCUGGUUGA